CUGUGGCCACGCCCCCCUCUCAGACGUGCCCCUGUAGUCUCGCAUUUCUUCACUCGUCUCUGUUGAUGUUUCUGAUCAAAACGGGGCAUUUUUCACGGAGUGACACAUCAGCGAGCAGGAAAACAAACACAGGAACGUCUCCGCCACCUGUUUCAUCCACUGGACUCUCUUGAAGGGCAUGUUAACGACCUGAUGUUCCAUUGCAGUGAAAUGAACCUGUGUUUUUUCCCAGGUUUGAAGGGAUGUCAUCUGUGUGGCAGCAGGAGCCUUCAGGUUACUCCCCCUGCCUAGAGAUCGAUUCCAGCUCUGUGAGGUGCAAAGACAGGAUGACCUCUCCGGCCUGGCUGAAGCAGGAACAAGACGAGCUGCGCAUCAUCAAGUGGGAGAACUUCCAGUCGGGAGCCUCAGCUGAUGCAGUUCAGGACAACACACCCAGCAGCGCCAUGUCUGCUGCCUCACAUGCAGAAAGCCUGCCUCCAAAGGUGCUGCUGACCAUCACGAAGCUCCAGUGCAUGCUGGAGAGCAAACAGGAGCGCAUCGCUGCUCUGGAGAGACAGGUGGAGGACCUGAUGCAGGACCGCAAGUUCCUGAGGACCCAGAUCGAAAACCUCACGAGUAACCGCUCCAUGCACACUUUUGCGUCGCCCAGUCCGGUGACCGAAGCCCCGAGACCCAGCAAAGUGCAGCAGUCAGAAAGCAAAUCUCGGAAGAGAGAAAGACCUUCGUGUAGUUCCUCUGACAGCAGUGACAGCGGCUCCGAGGGGUCAGAGUCGUCCGAAGUUUCAGCAGCCUCGAGUGAAUACAGACGGAAGAAACACCAUAAGGACAAGAAAAGAUCGAAGAAAGGGAAGGACUACAGCCGGAAGAGAGCCACCGGUGUCCAGUACGUCAUCCACCGCUACAAACAAGUCCUGUCAGCCUUCAUCAAGAAGAAGAGCAUGAGCGAAGCCUUCCGUCACCUGGGAAUCGACCGGAACACCAUCGCCAACACGGCGUCCAUCGCUGAGCUCCAUCUGGCCGGCAUAGACAUGGUCCCUCUGGUGGGCAUGUUUCGCCAGGGAGAAGAGACUCUGGUCAGCUACGCCCAAAGGUGCACCCUGGUCAUCGACAGCGACAGCGACCUGUCCAGGAAAAUAGACCAGAUGAAAGCCAACGGCGAGCUGCUGCCCAUCUCAGGGAAAAGGCCGAGGAUAUUGCAUUCUCACCUGCCGCAGCUGGGGGGCGCCGCAGAGAGCAUUUUAAUAGGUUGAUGAUAAUUUCGUAAUGCCUUCACAAAACGAUGCUCUUCUGUUGGUUUUUCCCUCAGUCUGAACGGCCGGAUUCAGACGUUUGAUGUAGCAAUUUUGCAUUUUUUAUGGUUGAAUUAUGUGUCAAGGGGAACAAACAUGUUAAUUAUUUACAGUAUAUGCAUUUCAAUAUCCAUUUUAACACAGUUAGGAUGUAUAUUUUGUACUUGAUAGCCAUAAAAAUUAUCCACAGCUGCUUUCACUAAUGGAAAAUUAUGGAUUUAGUUUUUUUUUUAUUUAAGAGCCGUGUAGUGUUAGAAACACCCACAAGAUGGCAGUGCUCACAUGUUAGAUUUAUGUUCACUACUCUUGUCAUUUACUCUAAAAUGGUGGAUUUUCUUUUUUCCAGCUCCUAGUUUUUGAUGGGGGUGUGACUCACGGUCAUGGACUUUGUGAAAAAAAUAACUUUUGUUGACAUUAACCUGUGAUUCAUUAAGCUGUAACGGAACAGAGCGUUUUAAAAAAAACUGCAUUUGAUGCAAAGUGUGUCGAUGUUUCUGAACUGCCAACAAAUGGAAAAUGAAAACACUGUUCAUACACAGAU